GUGUCUCCAGGACAAAUUCAACUGGAAGAGGAUGCAGGUUUGUGUUUGUGUGGACUAACUGAACCCCCUCCCCUUUGUGGUACUGUAAAGAGCAGGGAGAACUGAAGAACUGCUGCACCAGGCUUUACAGACUCAUCUACGUGUGUUUUGUAGUCACACAUCAAACUUCUAAACCCUUCACCUCCAUCUUCAUCCCUCCACCACCUCACUGUCUUCACCUGCUUUGAUUUCAGGGGUUAAAAUUGUCCAAUCAGCUCAUCAGCUGGAACUAACUACUAAUGGUUUGAACAUUUUAGGGAUCAAUCCCAACCAAGGUGUCUCACCUGCCUACAAAAGUGACACCAAAGUUUAGUUUGAUAACAGAUUACAGAUAAAAGAUUAAUUCACUUUCUGGGCGACAUACUCCUUGUUUCAGACUCUCUAUAUCAUGUUUGGAGUGAUAGCUAAACAAAAAGGGCAAACCUCAAAUUUCAGCAAACGUGAUCGUCGAAAAGUUUGAAGUUCACUUCUUUACAGAGAAAAGCAGCUGUGUGGCUUCACCUGGAAACAUAUUUUAGAUACGUAGAGAUAAAAGUCAGAACAGACAAACUUGGAAAUUCUCUUAGACAGGAGACCUAGCAUUAACACCUAGUGAUAUAAGACAAGAUAAUUGUUGUACACAUUUUCUCAUUCUCAUUCUAAGACCUUUAGCCUUAAUAUCUUCAAACCUGAUGACAUAUCUAUAAAUUCCCCCUAGUACAGUGUGUAUGAAUGAAGAAACGAUCUGUUCAGACCAUAACCAUGUAUGUACUAAGCUGUUAACAUGUUUUACAGAGCUGUGAAAACAUGCAUUUUAACAUGGGCGUCAAUGGGGCUUCCUUGGAUUUUGACACCAGCCCCAAGUGGUCAUCUAAGGAACUGCAGAUAAUUUUCAACACCCUCAGUCAGUCAAAAAUGCUUACUGGUGUCUUUGUGGUAUUCAGGAGGUAAAGGGUGUUUUUGAACAGAUUUGUGUUUUCAUCUCAGUUCAAAAUCUAAAAUCCAAACUCACCACAGCUGCUUUUGUUUCGAAAGAAGCUGAACAGUCACAUACAGGUUUCAAUGAGGGACUAUUUAAUAAAGCUGGGACAUGAGUUAGACUAGUCCAUGAAGAUGUUUAACUAAACAAUAACAACAUAAAACAGCUCAAGUUCAAAGCUGUGAUUCAGGUAUAGCUAUCCUUCCAUUAAUAUCAGAUUUUUCUCCUCAUACAGACUCAUUAAAACCGUAGAUGUGUAAUGACAGAUGUUUUGUAGCACAUGUUUUAAGUUGUAAACUUCAAUUUAAACAGUCUGUAAGCACAUCACUCUAACUGUAAGAUAACAGGCAAUAAUCUACUGUAACGUAUUCCUUCAUUGUUGCCUUCUCCCCUCCUCUUCCUCUGUGAAUCUUCCUCCUGUUGUGCUUUAUUCAUGUAGAGUCUAUCAGACAUGAUAGCAGCUUUAGCUUUUAGUAUUUCUAUGCAACCUAGAUGGCCUUUUUAACCCACUGCUUUCACAUUCAAAGGUCCGGACAUGCUUAGGUUUACAUUUUACAAACAAUUCCGCUGUACCAGACGGGUUUCUAUCCUGUAAGACAUUUUACAUCAGUUUAGGAAAUAUUUGUAACCUGGAAGUAGCAUUAAAAAUUAGUAUCUUUAUUGUUCAAAGAAUCAAACUCAGCAGCUUUUUGCUUCACUAAAAGUUCAAAUUGUUGGUUUGGAAGAUUUUUUUUGGUGAAAUUUGAGCUAAACUACUAAUGAUUCUGAUACUUAAAACAAAUUUUGAUAGUUUUUACCAAAUUUAUAUUGUUUCUAUAAACAAAAUAGUAGCUUAAUCAAAUUAAAUUGGAGACUUUAAGGGAAUAAAAACAAUAAAAUCUGCUGGUUUUAGUGUAAAGCAAGCUGAGAUUUGUGAUUAAAUCUGAACAAAAAGCUUAGAGGACAUCAUGGGAAGAUUUUUAUACAUCAGGACAAAGUCACAUAUAGCAGCUUUAAAAAAAAAAAAGAGUUUAAAAGAUAUGUAAUGAUUAGAUUAUAAUGUAGCUGCUAAUCCCGCUCGCUCUUUUCUUCAUUCAGUAUCAGCUGUUCACUCCUCUGUUCGAGCCAUAGAGAACAUAUUAACACAGAAGGAAUAAGCUGCUGCACUCAGCACCUGACUGAACAACACCUCUGAAAAAUGGGUUUAUGAGGGAAUACAGUUUGUAUUUUUGUGAAAGCAGAAUCAGACUGAUAGUUAUUUUAGUUAAUGACGCAUGUAGGAAACUAAAGACUGAAACUAAAUAACUCAGUGUUGUUCAAAUGUGACAGAAAAAAAUGCACUAAUGUGUCAAAUGUAUGUUAUUGUUGGCUGAUUGUGCCUGCUGCAUAUUAAGGUUGCAGAUCCUUGGUUGAAGUAUUUUUUGGUACUGUUUUUUGUUUGUGAACUUUUUUUUUUUUGGUUUAUUUUAUUCAGUUGAUGGUUUUUGUGAAUCAUGCUAUUUAUUUAUGUUCUAUGGAGCCUGGCAGGUUUCAAAAUAUAUGUAUUAUAAUAUUUUUUUGUUGUUGCACAAAUCAGAGUCCUGAACAAGCAUCAAAUUUUGCACUGAUAAUAUUAAAACCUUGUAGAGAAUUUGGAUCAACUUCCAGCAUUUCUUGACAUCUUGUGUCCUCCUGUCAGAUUAAGUUUAAAGCUCCUGUAGGGAUUUUUUACAUGGUACUCAAACUGAAUAAAACUUGAAGAAAUGUCUAUUUAUAAUCUAGAGAAACAAACAGAACCAUAGACAUAACGAUGGACUUUUUUUUUAGUCAUUUUUUAUCCCUGAAAACUUUGGCCCUAAAGCUCCACAGGUAAAAAAAAAAAAAAGUUAUAUUAUGUGGUCAAGAAAUUUUUUUCUGUGUAAAAAAUAAUCCUGAUAAUGUGUUCCUACAUCAGUAUUUUAAUGAGCUCACAAGAUAUUUACUUGUUUCCACCCAAAAUUUACAUUAUGCAUGACAAAUUCCAUAUCGCUGCAAAAAAUUAUGAUAAUUAUGUUGAACAAACAAGACACAAACAUGAGUUUAAAAUAGUUGACUUUUUCCCAUAGGAAAAUAACAUUUGGGUACAAAUUAAUGAUCUUGUUGGCAUAAGUCAUCUCAACAUGCACAAGAUAAUUAAUGAGUGACCACAAGAUAAAAGUUGGUUUGAAUAAAUGUUGUUGUGUUUGUUAUGAGAGUGUAACGUUUGGGACUUCAGGGGCUUACUAUCAGAGAAUGAACUCUUGACUGUUGAAUUAAAGCCGGAUGAGAUUCUAUGUUAAAAACAUCACUCACGUCCCAAACUAAAAGUCCCCUACAGGAGCUUUAAAACUCCUUUUUUAAAAGUAAGAUCUUGGUGAAAUCGGUUGACAAACAUAAUUGAUCAAAGAGCUACAUUAAAGUGUCUUUAAUGUCUGAACAAAAUGUACUGAAACUUUUUAAGAUAAUUAACUAGAUUAAUCGGCUCCUAUAUAAAAAAGAAUACAUUUCUUACUUUGUGCUGAUAAAUGUAAAAAAAAAAAACAAAGGACUGAAGUUACCUCCUCUGAUACCUGCUGGGCUUUGCAGUUUGCCUUUAUGUAGCGACAGAAGUCAUUUUGUUGACUUGUGCUUUUGUUGACUUUAUUGAUUCAUUUGCUUUAUUCUUGCAGUAUUUUUAUUUUACACUUUCUGGAAAUUUGUGUUGAAGUCAUAGAUUUUUAUUUAGCUCCCUCCUUUAGUUCACCCCUCUUUUAUUCAGUUCUAGAUUUGGAAGUGUUAAUAUGUAGAUGAUAAAGAUGUAUGAAUGAUGUUUACCUUUAACCUCGGUGCAAUGUUCAAUAGUCCAAACUUAAACUCCAGAGAACUCUCAGUGACUGAAAGUGUGUGACAGUCUGUUACAGAUGGUGUUGUUUAUGUUGCAGGCACAUUAUGUUCAUGGCGGUAUGUUUUUCAGGGCGUGUUUGGAGAAGAAAAUAUUGUACAGUAUUUAAACAGAGGAACUGGACUGAAAUUCUUCUCUGUUUUGCACUUCUUAAGUUAUUUUUGUGAACAUUUUCUUUCAUGGCAGCCAAAUUUUUAUGCAAAAGCACAGGGAGUUAAUUUUCUUAUAACUCUGUUGUCUGUUUGAUUUUGUUCAUAUUUGUCUGUAAGUCACUGAUGCCAAUAAAGACCAUCUUCUCAGUACUGGAACUUU